CCCGGAGGGAGGCUGACCUGCUGCUGGUCCCAUCUUGCUCAUUUCCCAGCUAGCCAGAGCUGUGUGGUCCAGGCAGCAAAAAGAGGAACGAGAUGGCUUGGGCAAACCACACAGCUGUGACAGGGUAUGUCCUGCUGGGACUCCAGGAGCACCACAGCCUAGAGAUAGUCCUGUUUGUGCUUUGUCUGGGCGUCUACUGCACCACUCUACUGGGAAACUCCCUGCUGGUGGAGCUGAUUGUGCUGGACCCCCACCUGCACAACCCCAUGUACUUCUUUCUCAGCAACCUCUCUCUCAUAGAUAUCUGUGGUACCUCUUCCUUCAUACCUCUGAUGCUACUCAACUUCCUGGAUGUCCAAAGGACCAUCUCCUUCCCCAGCUGUGCCAUGCAUAUGUACAUGACCCUGGCACUAGGUGCUACAGAAUGCCUGCUUCUGGCUGUGAUGGCGUACGACCGGUAUGUGACUAUCUGUCAGCCACUUCGGUACUCAGAGCUCAUGAGUGGGCAGCUAUGCGUGCAGAUGGCAGGAAUAAGCUGGGGAACAGGCUUUGCCAACUCGCUGCUGCAUUCCAUCCUUGUCUGGCGCCUCCCCUUCUGUGGCCACAAUGUCAUCAACCAUUUCUUCUGUGAGAUCUUGGCAGUGCUGAAGCUGGCCUGCGGGGACAUCUCCCUCAACGCACUGAUAUUAAUGAUGGCCACAGCUGUCCUGACGAUGACUCCACUCCUGCUCAUAUGCCUCUCUUACGUUUUCAUCCUGGCUGCCAUCUUUAGGAUCCCCUCUACUGCAGGCCGGGCCAAAGCCUUCUCCACCUGCUCUGCCCACCUCACAGUGGUGGUGAUUUUCUAUGGGACCAUAUCCUUCAUGUACCUCAAGCCCAAAGCCAAAGACCCCAGUGUGGAUAAGAUCAUCACACUGUUCUAUGGGAUUGUGGCACCCUCACUAAAUCCCUUUAUCUACAGUCUGAGGAACAUGGAAGUGAAAGCCGCCGUCACAGCCCUGCUGUGAGGAGGUCUGCUCACCAGGAAAAUGUCCCACUUUUAACUCAUUCUCUAUCUUUCUCAGGCAGCAGAGACUAAGUUCUAUUGGGGAGAUGGCUUCACGUUCUCAGCGGCUUUCAAAUCACUAAGGUCUGUUUCUCACUCAUGUCUCAGGUCUAUUAGACCAGACCUAUGCUUGGCUGGGGUUCUGCUCCGCAUCACCCUUGUGGGACUCAGGGUCACAAAGCCGUUACAACCCAUGCUCAUGACCAUGACCAAGGGAAGAGAGACGCAAACCAGCCUGCAUGCGCUCUCACAGCGUCCACUCAGACGGGGCACAGGCCGACACAUGGCCACAUCUAAUGUACAGGGGAGAAACCCAGCCUGGCACAUGCUUGGAAGGAAAAAGAGGACUCAGAGAUUUUUGAAAACCUAAUGGCCAGCACCCAAAACUGAAGAGUCAGCCCAAGAGGAAGUAAGACUUGGUUUCCUCUGCCCUGGUCUCUCCUUCACAGACCCAUACUGGGUUCAUCACCCCAAAAAAAGUUCCAGUUAGCUUACUCACAGCAGCUUUAUAUCAGCACAGCCAAAGUAGGCUAGCAACAUGCUUUCCGGAACGUUCUUUUUUCCAUAUGGGCUUGGUUAGAGUUGUCCAUGGGACAUAUGUGUACAGAAACUCGGAAGCCAAAGUGAGCAACAUCCAUUCCUGCAGGAACACUCACAUCACUAAUAUGCUGAAUCCCAUUGUUAAUGGCCCAUCUGGUUCUAGCCAGAUCCCCUCCGAGCUGUUCUCAGACUGGGCCAAGUGCAGCUAUGUGCCAAAAGGUGCCCGCUUCUC